UUUACUACUUAUGACGUAUUUUGGGUAUACUAAUUCCCGCGGUAUCAGUUGCACUGUCCAUGUAGUGUUGUUCCGUGCCAGUGCACUGCAACAUAUAGUUUACCGUGAUCUUUAGAUUACGAGAGCUCAUACCGUUGGAAUUAGUAUGUAAAACAGAUCCAAGCCUUCUCUUCACCUCGUUACACCAGUCUACCUGAUGUGGCGUAAUGUAUGUAGCGACUUUGGUGUUGACUUGUGCUGCCUCAGGUAAGCUACGUCUCGACAUGGGCGCCGCCAUGUUGUGACGUCAUAGCGAGGUGUUUUAGAAGGUUUCGUAUCUAGGAUUUUACGUCACAAUAGACAUAACGGAGACGAGAGAUUCUUCGAUUAACGGUGGAAAGAGAUAGAGGAAUCACUGCGAGUUGGAUGGUUGCAUCUCCAUCGUAGGGAAGAAAACCAUGAAUAACCUGACCGAAAAAUCUGUCACCUCACCCUCCCCAGGGGAGGAGGUGCUCGUCCUGGAUGAGAACACAAACAUCGAUAUGGACCUUCCGGCAGAAGCAGAGCAGGAAAUACAUUUCCAGUCUGGAAUGGAUUGCCCGGCAUGUCUGGAGAGAAGCAUAUUCACACACUUUCCGGCAUUUCAGCGCCACUGGACAAUGAGACAUAGGCCCCAGUUGACCAUCUUCCAUUGUCCUGUCCUGGAUUGCCGAGCGACCUACCAUAUGUUCCCGGACUUGACCCGGCACUAUAUGAGGCAUCACACCAGCAAGCGGGCCAACCCAAAGAACAUGAUACAGGCUUGCAGGAAGGCUAGGACAACUGUGGCAACGGACAAGGGGUUCAUGGACCCAGAGAAAUGGACAUUCCCGGCUCGGAAGUCAAAGAAGGCAGCCAAAUUUACACCGGCAGCUUCCCAAUCAACACAGAAGGAAUUACCAGCAGAACCAGUAGAUGUCCAGUCCGCUCCUGAGCCGACUGAGAAAGAGAGUAGACCAGUUUCCGUUGGUGAGGUUAUUCCUAACCAGUGGGAACUGGCCUAUGAUCGGGCCCAGCUUGAGAUACAGGCCCUGAAAUGUCAGGUUUCCCAGUUGGAGAGACAGAUAGCCAGGUCAGUUCCGAGCUGGCUUACCACCUUCGACAUUCCUGUGACCAGACCGACACUGGAUGAUUUUAUCCGGUCUGGCAGAGAAGCUAUGGCUGUCCUUCACGAGGCAGAGGACAGACGGUUCAAUGAGCAGUUACCUUUGCGCAGACAAGCUGAUGCCUACAUCCGAAUAAUGACCAAGUAAGCUGCCGUUAUACUUCGCAACUCUGGAACUAUCUGUGGAUGUCUCUGGAACUAUCUGUGGAUCUCUCUGGAACUAUCUGUGGAUCACUGCUUAACUGGGUGGACCUUACUAUUUUGAACUGUAUUUAGUCUGGAACUGUGGAAGAUAUAUGUAUAUUUGUGAUGAUUGUGUAUAAUUCUUGGGAAUGGUAAGUAGGUAAGUUUUCUUGAUUGUAUGCAAUAUGAAUUCCACAUUAUGCCAGUAUUAUUAUCUGUAUGAAUGUA